GUUGUAUCACGGCAAACUAACCAACUAAACUACUUUUUCGUAACAUAUUUAUCUUUUUACUUAUGAUAAGGUGCGAUCGAAGCAGAACGUUUAGCCAUGAACUUUCACUUAUAGGCCAUUUCAACUGAGUCGUAAAUGCGCAAUAAAUGUCAAAUAUUUAACUGAAGUAUUUGCAAUCUAUUAAUUCACUAGCCUAUCCAUAUAAAACAAUCAACCCGAUGAUAAUAUUGUACUCAGGAACAAUUUAUAGUUUCGGUCAUAUGUUAACGUUGACAACAGUCAUAACAGUGAUUGUACACUUUCCUAAAGGAAGAUUAAACAAAAGAUAUAACUGAUUGAAACUUAAACUGGCCUUUCAAAACAUGCCAUUGUUUACAGAAAAAGAAGAUCAUUUUGUUAGAGUGUUUAUGUUGUUGAUAGAUGUAUGUCCAAGGGCAGUACGAAUGAAAUUCAACGAAGAAAUCCACCCUGACGUUUUGAAAGGAACCAUACGGAAAAAUCUCAAUUUACUUUAUGAGCUGCACGAAAAAAGAAUUAUAAGUAAACCUCAGUUGGGCAUUCUACGCCAAAACAACGAUAAUCCAUCAUCAGAAUCGUUUGAUAUAACUCUAAUGAUACUUCUGCUGCAACAUCUUGCUGAAUUCAGGAUAUCAGAAAUACUACCUUUGAAUACAGACAUAAGUGUAGAAGCUGAUCUUAGUAGGAUUAAAUAUUACAGAAAUAAGUAUUUUCAUUCUGCAUUAAUUGAGCUCAGUCCAGAUGAAUAUUGUACUGCAUGGAGUGACCUACGCGAGGCCAUUAAAAGACUAGGAGGGGAAAACCUACAACACGAUUGUGCAAAAUGGGAAUUUGCAUCGCUUGAUAUCUCUCAGAAGAAUUUAAUAUUAGAAAUACGUAAUGCUGAAUCUGAAAUUCAAUGUUUGCGAGAGGAUGUUAGAAGACUUCAACAUGCGCAAUCAGAAUUAUUUCGAUUAAAUCCUCAGUUACGAGGCAGGCAAAACGUUUUACCAGAGACAAAACGGAUAACAAAUGAAAAGAACAACGAGUUAUUUAUGAAAACGAAUGUUAUUUCAGAUGGAAUUCGUGUUUUAGAAGAAAAGGGUUUGGUAGUUUUAACUGGGAGAGUAGGCACAGGAAAAAGCACAAAUGCUUUAGAAAUUAUACGGUAUUACUGUCAUCGUUAUCACGAAUACGAUAUUCAGAGAUUUCCGUAUGCUUUUGAAGAAUGCAAAAUCAAUAUUUGGGAAAAUGAAAUGUCAUUUGUAAAUCCUCAUAUGCCAUUGGACAUAAUAAAAGGAGCAUCAAAAGUUGUCCUGUUGGUUGAUGAUGUUUUACAUAAUGAAGCCGGGUUACCUGUCAAUGUUGUUAUUCAGAUUUUAAGAUAUAUUCAGUGUUUGGUUGAUAAUGGUUGUAUUAAAGCCGUUUGUUGCAUCACAGAGUUAGGCGAGAUAACUGAAAGAAACACUAUACUCAACCACAUAUCCAUACUAGACUUAGAUUCUAGUACAUACAAACUUAACACUGAUGAAAAAGAAGAACUUCUGCAAACGUACAUAGAUGCUAUGCCUACAUUUUCUGAUGAAUCAUCAACUCCAUCUAUUGAACGUUUAAAUGACGCAACCGUAAAAAGUAUAGCAACGAUUGACGACAACAGCACUAUGGGGUUUCCUGAGCUCUGCUUCCUCUUUACUAACGUUUCAACUUUGUAUUCUUAUGGCUCAGAUUUCUUUCAUUCGCCAUGCAAAUGCAUACUAGACGAUCUUCGUAAUCUGAAGAGACAAACAGAGAAAUCUUCAAAAAUUCAUUACCUGUUGUUCUUAUUUCUAAUGAUGGAAAGAAGACUAGUAAGUCACUCAGAUAUCCAAAACCAUGUCUUUUCAACUUCAGAUACUAAUGAACUUUAUAAAGAAGUUAAAGUUAUUGAAGUUCUAAAUGAAUUUAAGACAAUGAAAGAAAGUAAUGCAUAUCUUAGAGAGCGAUCGGUUGUCUACUUCUCUUCUGCCUGUCCUUUUGAAAUGUAUGGAAUCAGAAAUUCUGUAAUAUUCGAUCUUUUUGUUAACGCUUUCUUCGAAUCUGAUGUUUUGAUAGAUAUUGAUUUUCUAAAUAUCGGAUUCAUAGCUAGAGAAAUUAAACCGUAUUCUUUACCGAACGAAGUUUCAAAACCUGGAUUAGUUGUCAAUAGAGAUUUAUACGAGCCAUUGGCAGAACGAAUAAUAACAUGUCUACAAAACACUCUUCCCGAAGAAAAAGCAAUAUACAUUCGAAUGCACAUGCUUGCGUACUCUAAACUUCUAGACGAUAUAGAUUUUCUUAAUAUUUUGAUGGAUAAAAGCAGUUUCCUUUAUAUGUCUAGUGACGUCUUCAUCCCAUUUGGAGGUCGUAGCGCACUUUUCUUUUUACCAACGACGUUAUUACAGUUUAACAGUAAUAAACCCAACGAAAAGGCCAUUGUUUGCAAUUUGCUAAAUCAUAUUGAUUUCUCACUCAGCCAGUCUAUCAUAAGCGAAAAAAUAAAAGAGGCGUGUCACAAAACUAUAGUGUUUACUCUCUGUAAGAAAUGCGCAUGGGAUGACACAGACGUACUUGAUGAUCUACUAACUGUUAUUGAAAAACACCAAAUUCAAGUUGAGAAUGAUGAUCACGAAUGUUUAUUUCAAACUGCUUUUCAAAAUAUGAAUGAAAAGACAAUGCAAUGGGUAAUAGCAAAGUUUGGCGAUAGGAUAAAAAGUUAUGUACACCUAUUUGUAAUCAACAAUUUCUUUGGAAGUCUUGGAAUACAUAGAAACAGAUUCGAAUGGCUAGCAUAUGUUAUUGGUAUACAAUAUUUCAAUAUAUAUAGCAUCAUGGAAUAUCUUGCGGGUAAGAAAGCAGUCGAAUACGCAGAUGCAUUGAUAUAUAUAUGGGAAAAACAGGUACAUGAGGAGAGUAAAAUCCGAGAUCAAUCCGAGAUUGAAGACAUGAUCAACAGUCUAAUGAAGGUUGCAUGUGAUAGCGGUUCGAAAGGAGUUGUAUCACGAUUGUAUGAGUUCUUUAAGGAUAAAGUGGUGCGUUUUGAUAAUGAAAAGAAGAUAUUUAAACUUCUUUAAAGAUAAGUGAUAUGACAAUAAACAUCUUAUCAAAUGUUAUCGCGAUCACCAUCAACAGUUCAGGCACACGUGGUGUAAAUAAACUCCAAGAGCACUGUAAUGUCAUUGUU